ACCUGUUUGGAAUGAACGGCUUAUAACUACUGCAGAGAAUCUAGUACGAUAUUAGCGUCUAGCAUCUCGUAAUGGCCAACCAAAAACAUAAUGGAGUGGAAAGCUGAAGAAUCGGAUAAAACUGAAGAAAGUUUUAUUUGAGCAGUUGUCAAUAAUAUACAAUUUGACUGAAUCUAACUGUAUAACUAAAUGAGUGGAAGGACUGAUUGGAUAAGGAAAAAAACUUCAUAAGUUCAGAAGAUCUUUUACGGAAGAAAAUGAAUGUUUCUUUGGUCCCUUCUCUUCACCAUUUAACCUGUUGUCGUUUACUUACGUCAAUUUUCAAUCAUCUUGAAGUGCAUAAGGACUUCCGACGGACGGAAUUCCAGGAAUUUAAAAGUGAAGUUUCCGAAGCUAUCUCACAUCUUACACCAAAUCCUCGUAUUCGAGAGAUAUUGGAAGAGUUCAUUGCUCCCCUCUUCAAUGAGAUUAUAGAAUGGAUAAGUGGGUUCGAACGCAAUUGGUACGGGUACGACAGCGUCCUCAAUGCCGUUCUGCAGACCCUACCGAAUUGUUGGUUGUCUGAUGGUACCAUCGACCAAGAAAAGGCAGCAAGGGAAUUAGUUAAGAAUAAGGAUUUGCGUCCAAUAAACCGAUUUGUAUUUGCGUGUACUUUUUGUUUUUUUGAGGAUGCUCUGGAUUUGUGGGAAAUUCUGUUCAAAAUAGAAAAGGCUUAUCUUAAGCAUAAGUCCACUCCUAUCGUGAAACAUUGGGUGGAGUGGUUGGAAAGCGGUUCAGAGAGAGACUGGGAUUUAUUUGUCGCUUGGACUUUAGACACUCCUAUUUGGUGUUACAAUAUAUUUAUACUGAAGCAUUCCUUGAAAAUGUUAACUCCAGAGGAGAAAAAUGAGUAUUUAUUAGAUGCUUUGAUCGGAUCUGAAGUAAACAUUGAUGUCAUGCACUUCUGCAUCUCAAUGCUGUCGAAGGAGGAACAAGAAGAGGUUUUCCGAGAAUCCCCUGUUGAAGUAUUCCGAUUUGUUUCAUCCUGGCCCGUGCGACACAUUUACUAUGAUCUAGCUGAUAAAUUCUGCCCUUAUCUGACGGAAGAGAAUUUUUGUGAAGUUAUUAGAAUGCUUUUAAAACAGUUAAGACAGCGAGAAUGUGAUUUCAUUGAGCCAGUAAAUAUUCUGAAAAAUUUUUGGGCUCGAGGCUCUCUUAAUUUUCAGAACACUGCAAAAGAUGAUCCUCAUGUCUGUAAACCGUUACAGUUUCUUUUGGAUUUUGAUGUCUCACAAAGCUUUCCAAAGCAAAGAUACGUAGAUUCCUUUUUGCCAGAUUUACUUGACGACAAUAAUUUUCAACAGAGGCCGCAGGUAGUGGUUAGAAGUCGUCGAAUAAGGACUGUUCGUAGGCGCUACAGGAGUAUACAAUAGAAUUUCAUGAACUGUCGUUUGAAAUGGGGACAGUGAUUUCGAAUAACAUGAACUGUCAUUUGAAAUGGGGACAGUGAUUUCGAAUAACAUGAACUGUCAUUUGAAAUGGGGACAGUGGUUUCGAAUGACAUGGACUGUCAUUUGAAAUGAGGACAGUGGUUUCGAAUGACAUGGACUGUCAUUUGAAAUGGGGACAGUGAUUUCGAAUGACAUGAACUGUCGUUUAUGGGACUGUGUUUUCGAUUGUGGCGAACUCAUAAUGACAAUUCGUCUUGGAAUUAUCAUGUAAAUUUGGUCGUUUAGUUUUGAAGAUUGUCAUUAUAGCAUUUAACUACAGAACUGUUAUUUAAUGAAUCAUAAUAAAAUCUUUUUAAUUCAUCA